AUGCGGCCGGGGAAAGCGUACCUGACGGGGGGUGAAAGCGCCCCUUCUAGAGAUACCCCGGCCGGCGGCCGAGUCAGUCCACACGAUGCCGCUGCCCGGGUCGCUGCUGGUGGUACUGGUGCUGUGCGCGUCGCUGGGGGCAGCACCCACCACCUGGCCAGGGUGCUCUCCGACGACGGCUUCGUGCGCCGCCAGAUCGAGUGCGUUCUGGGCGACGCCCCCUGCGACGCCAUCGGGCGCAAUCUCAAGCGGGUGAUUCCCGAGGUGGUGCUGAACGAGUGCCGGCGGUGCUCACCGCAGCAGGCGGCCAGUGCGAUGCACCUCAUGGACUUCCUGGACAGCCGGCACCCCGGCGUCUGGCAGGCCGUCCGGGAAAAGUACUCCAGCGGACGCUGA